AUGGUGUGGUCGCUGCUGCUUGCGGCUCUCGGCGCAGCGGCGAGUGCGCGGCGGCUUCAGUUCACGAGUCCUACCACAAGCCCCGCCGCCGCCGUGACAGAGUUCAACUACUGCGUGUACGCGUUGAUCAACGAUUUCGGUGAUACGUCGUACUGCUGCUACAUGCGGCUCGGUGCGCCGAUCGACAACCCCACUUGCUUUGACGGAUGGACCGCGCAUUACCCGGGUGGCUCGGUCAUCCAAAUCAACGGAUUCGAGCAUGCCGACACCACUGCCGAGUUCUACGCCUAUGCCAAGUACAACGACGGCCAAGCCCCGGACGCCGAUACCGUUUAA